AUGGCUGUUAAAACAGAGGCUGCCGACGAUGCUAAUGUGGAUGUAGAGAAAAAGUAUCAAAAGGACGCAAAAGUAGGCGAGGGUACCUAUGCCGUGGUUUACCGAGGAACCAUGGUGGCCACUGGACGCCAAGUCGCUAUCAAAAAGAUCAAGAUGGGCCAAUUCAAAGAUGGACUCGAUCUGACAGCUAUUCGCGAAGUCAAAUAUCUUCAAGAACUUGCGCAUCCCAACGUGAUUGAAUUAGUAGACGUGUUUUCCCACAAGACCAAUCUUAAUUUGGUGCUAGAGUAUUUGGACUCAGACUUGGAGCAGGUCAUCAAAGAUAAGAGCAUUCUGUUUAUGCCGGCCGAUAUCAAAUCGUGGAUGAUGAUGAUGUUACGUGGACUGGAUCACUGUCAUAGGCAUUUUAUAUUACACCGAGAUAUGAAGCCUAAUAACUUGUUACUGACUCGCGACGGUGUCCUUAAAAUUGCUGAUUUUGGUCUUGCCAGAGACUGGGGUGAUCCAGGGCGACAAAUGACCUCACAAGUGGUGACAAGAUGGUAUAGAUCACCCGAGCUUUUGUUUGGCGCCAAGGAGUACUCGUACGCGGUGGAUAUCUGGGCGGUGGGUUGUAUCUUUGCAGAGCUCAUGUUGAGAACGCCUUACGUUGCCGGCGAUUCGGAUAUGGACCAACUUAUGAAGAUCUUCCAUGCUCUGGGCACACCCACUGAGAUGGAUUGGCCGGGCAUGACAUCGUUGCCGGAUUACAUUCAAUUCAAACCGUUUCCCAAAGUGCCGUUACGGCAAUACUUCACCGCCGCUGGGUCUGACGCACUGGAUCUUUUAGAAAAGAUGCUUGUUUUUGAUCCCAACAAACGAUGGACAACCGAGGAGUGUCUUGAUCAUUCGUACUUUCGGAAUCUGCCGUUGCCUACGAAACCAGAAAAGUUACCACAAAAAGCGCCUAAUGCGGAGCAGGUUGCGCAAACCCUCAAGCGGAAACCGGAUUCGUUUGCAAAUGAAGAUCCAUCGGAAAGGAAAAUGCCGAGAAAAUAA